GACUCCGUUGUCAACAACCCGUUCUGAGGAGUGCAGUAAAUAUUAUUUAAUUAACUACAUAUAUGCCAUGAACAUGUUUCGCUUCCCCUCUACUACGAAUACUUUAUUCAAAUUAUAAUCUGGUUUCUAUUACCUAUUUUACCUUGAAUUUGUCAUUUCGAUUUUUUCGUUCAGUUAUUUUAAAAUAUGUCGAUAAUCUACAGGAAAACAAUAGGAAUGGUGGAGAAGGUUAUACCGAAAAAAUGUCUUCCUUUUUGGAAUCAUCCCGCAGGUCCAAAAACAGUGUUCUUCUGGGCUCCCAGUUUUAAAUGGGGAUUGGUGAUCGCAGGGAUUAGUGAUUUAACCCGACCAGCUGACAAACUUAGCAUGCCUCAAACUAUUGCAUUGGCUUCAUCUGGAUUUAUAUGGUCUCGAUAUUCAUUAAUAAUAAUACCAAAGAAUGUUUAUCUCUUCAGUGUUAACUUAUUUGUUGGUGUAACUCAACUUUAUCAACUGGCACGUGCAUUCAGGUACCACCAGAGUUUGAAAGACAAGGACGCUAAAACCACUUAGUUUGCAAAUAAGUUACGUUUGUUUUGAACUUAAUGAAAUUUAUAUUAAAUUAUCAUAAUUUUAAAGUAGGUAGAGUGAUAACCCAGUAGGUAUUUUUAUUGCGCAACAACAUGCAGCGUGUUUGCAUCAUAUAUAUAAGUUGCAUUAAUAUAAGAUAUAUAGGACAACGUACAGUCUAUCUCUCUCAAGUGUCUAUGGUCUAAGCUUUCCUUACUAUUCGUGGCAUAAUUACACUGACCACAAAUUAAACAAUCAGUAUUUUUCGA